UAUAAGAAACGAUAAACAGCUGAAGCUUUGAUUUUGAUUGUUGAAAAAAAGGAAAUUUUCUGUCGUCGUUGGAAUUAGGGUUCUUGGUUAUGAUGGGGCGUUUUGCUCUUCUUCUUCUCUUAGCUUUCGCUUCACUGCAGUUCUUCUGCUUCGCGGCUGAUGAUAAUGACAGUGAUAAUGACAAUGACAAAAACGAUGAUGUGGUUUUUUAUGAAUCUUUCGACGAGUCAUUUGAGGAUCGAUGGAUCGUCUCUAAUAAAGAUGAUUAUAAAGGUGUAUGGAAGCAUUCGAAGAGCGAGGGGCAUGAUGACUAUGGUCUUCUGGUGAGCGAAAAGGCAAGGAAGUAUGCAAUAGUGACGGAGCUCAAUGCCCCGGUGAGUCUCAAAGACGGAACCACGGCGCUUCAGUUCGAGACUCGGUUCCAGAGCGGACCCGAAUGCGGCGGCGCUUAUCUGAAAUACCUUGGUCCUCAAGAGGCACAAUGUAAGCCUAAGGAAUUCGACAAUGAGUCCCCUUACUCCAUCAUGUUCGGACCUGACAAAUGCGGGACGACAAACAAGGUUCAUUUCAUCUUGAAGCAUAAGAAUCCUAAAAACGGUGAAUAUGUCGAACACCAUCUUAAACACGCACCGUCUGCCCCGUCCGAUAAGCUCACUCAUGUGUACACUGUGACAUUGAAACGUGACAAAGAGGUUCGAAUCAUGAUCGAUGGAAAGGAGAAGAAGAAGGCGAAUUUCUUAGCAACCGACGAUUUCGACCCUCCACUUAUCCCUCCCAAGACAAUCCCUGAUCCGGAUGAUAUGAAACCCGAGGGCUGGGACGAUGGAGCAAGAAUUCCCGAUCCGAAUGCGGUGAAACCCGACGAUUGGGACCAGGAUGCACCGAUGGAAAUAGAGGACGAGGAGGCGGUAAAACCCGAAGGAUGGUUAGACGAUGAGCCCGAGGAGAUCGAUGACCCUGAGGCAACCAAGCCAGAGGAUUGGGAUGAUGAUGAGGACGGUGUGUGGGAACCCCCUAAGACGUUUAACCCAAAAUGUGCAACGGCUCCCGGUUGUGGUGAGUGGAAGAGGCCUAUGAAGAAUAACCCUGCCUACAAAGGCAAAUGGUCUCCCUCACUGAUUGAUAACCCCAACUAUAAGGGUAUUUGGAAGGCCAGGGAGAUUCCGAACCCGAACUACUUCGAACUCGAAAAGCCUAACUUUGAGCCUAUUUCUGGUAUCGGUAUCGAGAUUUGGACAAUGCAAGAUGGUAUAUUGUUUGAUAACAUCUUGAUAGCCAAAAACGAGAAAGUUGCAAAGUCAUAUAGGGAGACCAAGUGGAAACCAAAGUUUGAGGUGGAGAAAGAAAGACAAAAGGCUGAAGAUGACGCUUCUGGUUCUGAUUUCCUUGCUGCCAUUAAGAGGAAGGUGUUCGAUUUCCUAUACGAGGUUGCUGAUAUGCCUUUGUUAAGCAACUACAGGACUCAAAUCCUAGAUCAUAUCGAGAAGGCUGAGAAACAACCUAAUCUCGCCAUGGGUAUCCUAGUCUCCAUUGCAGUGAUUAUGCUCACCAUUCUCUUGAAGCUCAUUUUUGGUGGCAAGAAUCAAGUAAGUUUUUUCAAUUCAACCCAUUUUUUUAUUUAGAAAGAAAAGAUUCGG